AUGGUACAUGCUGCCAGAUUAGAAAAUUUAGCAGGGUGGCAACUUCAGGCAGUGUUCUGUAUACAACUUUGUUAAAAAGUGCAUAAAACAGAAUGCAGCUUUCCUGAACAACGUAAAACUGAGGAAAUAAUAUUAAAAUAAUAGGUGCAGGGUCCGCAACAUGUCUCAAGUGACGUCGUCUACGACGCAAAGUGCAGCCGCUGCCCAGGCAGGCAGCAGACGUUUGCCCAACAACGAUGCUGGUGUUUGCGUGGGCGUCGGUGGUGGUGGCUAUGGCGAAACGGAAUGGGAGGCACGCGAGUCGCAACGUCAACGGGAGUUGCACGAAGCUCGCGCCAGAGCCGCACAAAUGGAAAAGACAAUGAAGUGGUGGUCUGAUUGCACUGCCAACUGGCGCGAAAAGUGGAGUAAGGUUCGCAACGAGCGUAACAAGGCGCGCGAGGAAACAAAACAGUUGAACAUCAAACUGGACGUAGCCAUGAAGGAGGCACACUCAUUAAAACGAGAGAAAAAUGAUCUAGAGCUGCAGAUAACGCAGCUGAAAAAGGAAAUGGAAAAGGUGCAUUCCCUUAUGAUGAAACAUGCCGGUCAGUUCCAUCGCGCCGAUACCAACGAGGAUGCCGAGGCAAAUGGACGUGAUGCAAACUGUUCGCCAGACAUCUCAUCCGAUGGCCUGAAGAACAUUAAUAGUGAGGAUGGCUUGGUCACCAAGCUGAACAACGAUGUGAAAGACUUGGACAUUGAGGAGUUUGCGUUAAAAGGUGCCAUGCCGAAGCAUUUAAGUGAUUUGGAUGAAGCAGCGGCCGCAGAGGAAAAGCGUUUGAUACAACAGUUAUCCAAGGAUGACUUUGAUGAGGAUUAUCUGCUGCAAAAGAUGUCCAUGUUGCAGUUGCGUUUGGAUGAGGCACAGAAAACAUUGCAGGCGGAACGAGAUGAAAAGCAUGAGCUGCACAAGAGCAUAGAGAAACUGGCGCUGGAGCUGCAGGAUGUACGUGGACGCCAGGAAGAAUUGCGAUCUGCCAAGCAGGAAGCAGUUCGUGAGCUGUUGACAUUGCAGGAGCAACAUCGUGCUGAGAUGCGCAUUGUGAAUAAUUCACUUCAGGAGGAAAUUGCUGCACGCGAAAAUCUGGAGCGUCGGCUUAGUGAACUGCGCACUGAGCUGGAGCAUUUGCAGGCCGAAAACGCUUCGGAAUGGGGCAAACGUGAACGCCUGGAAUCCGAGAAGUUGGCAUUGGAGCGUGACAACAAAAAGUUGCGAGCUGAGCUGCGUGAUUAUCAGGAACGCUCCGAUCGCAAAUGUCGGCCCAUGCAAGCCAACGAUGUGGAGCUGCGGGCCCUGCAACAGGAGCUCUCGGAGAGAAAUAAGGAAAUCAGCGAGGUCAAAAUGUCACAUGCCAAGCUCAAAAAACUGCUGGCCGAAACGAACACAGAACUGAGUCAUGCGGUGCGACGGGCAGAGCAAUAUGAAGCCGAGGUGAAACGACUUCGACAACGGGUUGAGGAGUUGAAACGCGAACUGGCUGGCGCUGAGGAUGAACUGGACUCUGCAGUUAACCAGGUGCGACGACUGCAGCGCAGCAAUGAUGAGCUGGUAGGACAAACCGAGGGUCUUCAAGUGCAGAUACAACAUCUGCAGAACAGACGCGCUCCAAGUCCGCAACUACGUGGAAUUGGCGGUGUUCAAUUACGUAAUAAAAUUGCUGUAGAGCUGCCCAGCGAUUGUCUGCCCAACAUCAACGAUCUUCGCCAGAUCUUUGACGAUACUCAGGCGGGAUUGCGUAGCUCGCACAAUGGCAGCGAUUCGGCGGCAGCUCAUCAUGCGGCAGCUGUCAAGCGUUCCAGCCACACGGAGCGUACGUUGUUGCAGCAACAACAGAGCAAUGCGGCAGCAGCUGCAGCGGCAACAGCAGCAGCAGCUGCGGCAGCGGCUUUUUAUGAUGCCAAAACAACGCAUUUCGAGGAGAAUAUUUUUGAAUCCAAAUCACGGAAUUUAGAGUUUGAGCGUGCCAAGCAAAAAUUUGAUAAUCCCCAUGGACAGCAUCACCAUCAGCAUCAUCAGAGGCACCAACGUGCGGCAAGUGGACGCUACAACAGCGCUGGCAGCAACAGCAGCAGCGCCAAUCGAGCGAAUCUUGCCUUGCCACUCAAAUGCAUGACAAAUAGUGGUGGGAACAGUGCAACAUCCAAUAAGGAUGACAUCAAUAGACAACUCUAUGAGGCACAUGAUAAGGAGCAAGUCGCCGCCGGCUAUGCUCGGAAUAGUAUUAAUUUAGAUGGUCUCAAGGUAUCUGACGAUGAGACUCCGUAGCUAUGGCUCGACAAGCUUACUGCUGGACGAUGAAACUGAGGGAAAUAGCGAUUAAACUUAGUAAUUAAUAACUUUACGAACAUCAUUCGAUUACAGUUUAUUGCUUUUAAUAGCAAGGCUGCAAACCGGAAUCAAGGGAAUGUGAACAUUUUUUCGUUUUGAUUAAACAAAACUGUUUGAGGUUUGCAUACUUUCUUGACAGUUUAGUAUUAACUUUUUGGAUUGUAAUUCUCAUGCAGUCUAAGCUUAAGUACUGUCAGUUCUUUGUUCCUUAAUUGUUUCUUAGGGGAUAACACAUAGAUAUGUAAAGUAAUUUACAUUCUCUUCAAAUAAUUUGUUAAAGUCAGGGUAGAUCCCAAAUCGAAAGCGACCAAGAUUAUUCAAUGGUAUGCCUAAAGUUUCAUUGACAUUUGUUCAUAAACUUUUGAUAAAUCUCUGUUUAAACUUUUCUCCUA